AAGUGGGAUUCCGCGUUAGGAAGGGCUUACUCGGGUCGGGACUUUGAAGCAGAAACCCAUCGGGCCACGGCUUCUUCUUUUUCGUCUCCCUCCGCUUGAAACUUCAUGUACAACUUCAACAAGACUGACGUAGUCAAACAAUCUACUCUCUAUACACAUACAUUCUGGAGCUGAGACUCCUAUCUCACGAUUCGCGUCGGGGUAACGUCGUUUCUUGCGCCGGUGAGAAUCAAAUCCCGGAAGGAAAAGUUUUUUUCGAUUUGAAUAUAUUGCUCUAAGUUUUCAGGUUGCUAUUGUUCAUAUAAGACAUCAAAAUUUUCUCAUCAGCUUGUUUGCAGAGUGGUUUAGUUAAGCACUGAUGACUUGUUUCUCUUUCAUUUUCAAGAAGAAGCCAUUGAGGCAUAAAGCUAAAUUUGAUGAAGAGGUGUCGAACUUCCAAAAUGUGAAAAUAUACUCUUACAAAGUAUUACAAAAGGCCACUGAUAAUUUCAGUCCUGCUAAUAAGCUCGGAGAGGGAGGUUUUGGUUCUGUAUACAAGGGCAUGCUAAAAAAUGGUGAAAUUGUUGCCAUUAAAGUUCUCUCCUCUGAAUCAAGACAAGGGGUGCGGGAGUUUUUAAAUGAGCUUACUGUGAUUUCCAAUGUAGUUCACGAGAAUCUUGUCGGUCUGAUUGGUUGCUGUGUGGAUGGAAACCAGAGGAUCUUGGUUUACAAUUACCUUCAGAAUAAUAGCCUCGCAAAAACACUUCUUGGCACGAACAUUAGCAAUCUUCAGUUCAGCUGGAUCACACGAAAAAAAAUUUGCAUUGGUGUUGCACGAGGACUUAAAUUCCUUCAUGAGGAGGUCCGUCCUCGCAUUGUGCAUCGUGAUAUAAAGGCAAGCAAUAUUCUUCUGGAUAAGGAUUUGACUCCUAAGAUUUCAGAUUUUGGCAUAGCAAAACUUCUUCCCCCGGAUAUGUCCCAUAUUAGCACCAAGGUAGCUGGAACAAUAGGUUAUUUGGCUCCAGAAUAUGCUGUACGCGGCCAAUUGACACGGAAGGCAGACAUCUACAGCUUUGGUGUUCUUCUAGUAGAAAUAAUUAGCGGACGAAAUCACACAAACACAAGAUUACCAUAUGAGGAUCAGUUUCUUCUGGAAAGAAUAUGGACACUCUAUAUGAACAAUGAGCUUGAAAACAUCAUUGACGCAUCCUUAGAUGGCGAUUUUGAUGCCGAGGAGGCCUGCAGGUUUUUGAAGGUUGGACUCCUCUGCACUCAGGAGAACCCGAAGCUUCGUCCCUCCAUAUCCACAGUCGUAAAGAUGCUCGCAGGUGAGAUCGAUGUCGAUUCCUUCGAAAUCACAGGGCCUGGUAUGAUCACUGACUUUAUGGAUCUGAAAGUAAGACAGAACAAUCAGCAUUUAGCUUCAAAUGUGCUCUCUGCCAUUAACUCACCUCUUGGGGCUUCACCCAUAUCUUCAGGGGACACCGCACAUGCUGCAAUAACUGAUCGUCCAUAGGCAUUUCUGAAGCUUUAAAUAACAGCCUCACUAAUUUUUUUUCUUCUCCUGUAUUAUUGUAUCAUUCUGGGAAAAAAAAUAUAGGCUUGUGUAUGGGAGAAAUACAAUUCAUAAUUUUUAAAAAUUUAGGAAAAUAACAAGAUGAAAUUUUUUGCUCUGGUCGGGCGGAAUUAUCAUUAUUUCUUUAGGGUGGGUAAAAUCACUGAAUAUCUAAAUUUUAAUAAAGUAUUGGGCAAAAAAUUAAUUUUCAACUUCUAUGAUCAAAAGCUAUGACUCCGACUGGCAGAAACCGACUAGUGUUUUGGAUAGAUCCUAUUUGUCGAUAU